GUGAAAAUGAAUAUUGGGGAGCAUUAUCCUCCAGCACCACACAAACUAGCUAUCUGCGGAUUUCAUUUUAGCGUGAACUGUGAGAAAGAGGCCUCACGAUGAUGGCAUGUGGUAGUAUAAGGAUGAGUGUGCACCUAAGGGUGAGUGGAUUUCAUUUCCACGUUCCGCUCUCUUCCGCUUCUCUCCUACCUAUUCACCACAACAGCGAUUCCUUUUCGAAGCUUCGCAAUCUCAUUCGUCUCGGGGCGACGCCGUUGUUGUUACCCAAAGCCUCUGCCAGGAAUGACGGCCCCACCGACGACGGAAUCACUCUAGGCACUGUGAAGCUACCGUUGGACACCGACCUUCAGAGAUUCGAUUCCUUGCUCUUUCAGUGGGCAAAUAGCCUUUGCCAAGGAGCCAAUUUGCCUCUUCCUGUGCCUCUCAAGGUGGAUAAAAUAGCCGGUGGAGCUAGGUUGGGUUUUAUCAGUAUUGAGGAUGGCAAAACUGAAGUUCUUGUGUAUAUUGAUUGUUUGGUUUCUCCACCGAAUCAAAAUUCUGCUCCAAUGUUUCGUGCCAUUAGAAAAGGUCCCUUAAAGGAUAAGGUACCACCUGGUGAGCCUAGAAUUAUGAGGAGCCUUCUUCAAGCUCUUCAAAAGUCAAUUGAAAUUGCCAAAUUGUAAAUGUUGUGUUUCUUUUUAUUGUGAGGUUUUUGCUUUUGAAUAAAAAUUGACUUGAAGUUUGAAUUAUUUUAAUUUA